AUGCAUGUCGCCUGGACCCUUCCGGAAAUUGUUGAGCAGAUUUUUAGUGAACUAGACGACGGCGACAAUGAGCCGCCCAGGCUCACCGGGCGACCCUCCCGCAACGGGUCGCUCACAGCCCUUGUGCGGACGUGCAAAAACUUCAAGUUGCCGGCGAUAAACGAGCUGUGGGCGUCUGCGAGCGCAGAUACGCUCCUUCGCUAUAUAAUACCUCAUAUUCUGGUCAUCGACAGCGGUGGCAAGAAAGAACGAAUUACCAACAUGAAACCAUUGUCCGCCACGGACGAAGCCAACCUCUGCGAAUACUCGUGCGCAAUACGCACCCUCACAUUUUCGUCUGCGGUGCCUGUCGAUGCCCCUGUGCUCCAGGCGCUUGUCAGCUCGCCAGAUAUGGUCAGCAAGAUAUUCCCAAGGCUCGGCCACCUCAACAUCGAGUUUUGGUCUGCACCUCUGGUCCCACAUUAUCUCGCGUUUCUGGCCCGAAUCCAGCACCUGAGCGUGUCGUCCUACGGUCAAGCUGAAGAAUGUCGGGUCGCCGCCGAUUUCCUAGAAUUGAUGGCUGGGCAGCGCUCCGAUUUGCGCGGGUUGGAGCUGAUGUACCCGCUCUCGCGGUUCGAAAGCGCCCACGAGGGACACUGUCAGUGCCGGAAACGCUACAUGGAGCUGGUACGCCGGUUCGCGCACUUGCAGAGUUUUGUUGGCUCGGAGCUGGACCACGUCACCGCCCAACACCUCUCCUGCCUUCCGACUCUCGAAUUUCUGAAAGUCAUGUUUCCGGUGCGCGGCGUCGCGGCCCUGCCAAGUGUAUCUCUUGCAUUCCCUGCCCUCGUUGCCGUUGAUUUAUCCGCUACGCUCUGUUCGGACGUCCUCGAGUUCUUACAUAAAUUUUCCCGUUUUCCACCGACGCUCCAUAUUACGUCGGUCACACGACCCACACUGCAAGAGUCGGAGCAACUAUUCAGCGCCAUCUCAACAACAAGCUCACCGAUAGACGGCGUGGAAGGAUUACGUCUGGAUUGCAAACAGUCUGGCUACGCAUUCACAGAACUCGGCGUAUCAGCUACACUGCACUCGCUAUCCCCGCUCCUUACUUACGCGUCUCUCCGCGUCGUCGACUGGCGCUUCACGUGCCCCGUCGCGCUCAGCAACGCCGAUCUGGCGGAGAUGGGCCGCGCGUGGCCACUUCUCGAGGAGCUGCGUCUCAUCGACGAACACCCCGCCACCACCGCGUCGACGACUCUGGAUGGCGUAUUCGCUCUCGCAAAAUUAUGCGCACGACUCCAGCACCUAGCGCUCCCAGUCGACGUGUCCGUGGUCGACCACAUCCCGCUCCACGAUCCCGCGAACGGCUUGCGACACGAGCGACUCAAGAGCCUGAACGUCGGCUGUUCGCGCAUGGUACCCGGAUGCUGCGUCAACCUCGCCAUCAUCUUCGCGCAGGUAUUUCCUAGCCUCCAGACCGUCGGUCUCGUUGCGGAAACUGGGAGGUCUGGGGCAGGAAGGAAAGCGUCCCUAGAUGCGCAAUUGAACGACGCUCUCGGUAUUCUCCGGCUGGCCCGGAAAGAGGGGAGGAUAGCCUUGUGGACGGGCGAAGACGUCAGAUUGAUGUUGAUACCAUACUUCGGAGUCUCUCCAGCGCCUCAGCGUCGCAUGUCCAGGUCGGGUUCGAUACAUAGGAGGCGGUGA